UGAAAGCUCAGAAGAGCCCUAAAGCUGAAGUUGAUGUGGCCGUGCAGCUGCUGCUGCAGAUGAAGCUGGACUACAAGCGUCUCACCGGUCAGGACUAUAAGGAUGGAUGUCCACCGGCGGACGGUGAGAUGGUGGUGGACACCGGAGCAGCGCUGGAGGAAGGAGAUGAUCAGGUGGAUCCGUGGAACGUCUCCUCCAGCAGCGCCAAAGGAGUCGACUACGAUAAACUCAUCGGUCAGUUGAUGUUGUCAUCAUCAUUUCAGUCCAUCAGUGGAAGAUCUGCUGCAGGUCUGUUUUCGUAUAUGACCCGUGAUGAAUAAUGC